CCGCGGGCGCGGGGAAGGCUGGGGAGCCGGGAGUGCGUGGUGCCCGGGGGCUUUCUGGAAGAGGCUGUGCAACGCGCGCGGCUCUCCGUGGGAGUGAGCGGUCUUUGUCGUUCGUUCCCAGGUUUCUCAUGAAGCUGAGCCACGAGACCGUGACCAUCGAGCUGAAGAACGGGACGCAGGUGCACGGAACCAUCACAGGAGUAGAUGUCAGUAUGAACACACAUCUCAAAGCUGUGAAAAUGACACUGAAGAACAGAGAACCUGUGCAGCUGGAGACGCUGAGUAUUCGAGGGAAUAACAUCCGAUACUUCAUUCUGCCAGACAGUUUGCCUCUGGAUACUUUGCUAGUGGAUGUUGAACCAAAAGUCAAAUCCAAGAAGAGAGAAGCAGUUGCUGGAAGAGGCCGUGGCAGAGGCCGUGGCAGAGGCCGAGGCCGUGGAAGAGGAAGAGGGGGCCCGAGACGAUAACUUCUCACCACGUAACCGUUACCAAAUUCUGGGCAAUUUUGGAUAUUUUUUUGUACAGGUCUUGUUUAUGGUAUCCAUUUUUAAUAAACUGAAAUGUGAAAAA